CUCUGGAUUCAGGAGCUUGGGGGGCUGGGACACUGAUCAGAGCCCUGGGGCGCCUGGGGCCUGGGAGAGCCUCCAGAGGCUGAGGCUGAGGGUGGGGCCUGGGUGGCCUGGCUCCGGCCCCAAAUAUGGCUGUGGGGAGGCCACAGCCGCCCGGACCAGACAAGCCCAGACCAGACAGGCGCUGAGUCUCUCAGCAACGGCACCGCUCCAUGCCUCUCCUCCACCUCUGCACAGUGGUCUGAGCCAGGCCUUUGCCUCCGGCCUGGGAUGCCCGAGUCCUCACCUGGCCCCGCCAUGCCCUUGCUGGGUGACCUCACAGUCUCCUAGCUUCUCUGAGCUUCUGCUUUUUUCAUGCACCAGAACUGUGAUCUCCGCCCUGGGACUUGCAGAGAGUGGGGGCUCCAGGUCAGAAUCACCGUUUGUGUCCUGGGGCUCCUGCAGGGGGGUGCUGAGCAUCUGGUAACUGUCUACCCCAAACACACACACGGAGAGGGCACGCAGACCUCGUCUAGCCCCGCCGUGCGCCCAGCCCUGGUGGCACAUGAGCAAAAUUGCCCCCCCGAGAAAUCAGCCCUGAGUUCCAGGUGCCCCUACCAGGUACAUGGUCCGUGCUAAGGGCUUGACACCGUCGCCUUGGCUCGUCCUCAGAUCAGCACUGUGGCGAGGUAUCUUCCCCAUUUGUCAGGACGCCCACCGCCGCCUCCCGGUGAGGAGGGGGCCACAGCCCUGGCAUGAAGCUCCUCCUAGCAGCCUGGCGCUGGGCCCUGCCGCCCAGGAGGCCCCCCGCGCUGCCGGCAGCCCUAGACCUCCCCGCUGCGGCGUGCCUGACCCGCCUGAGGGGCCGAGUGCCCGCAACCGACAAAAGCGGUUCGUGCUGUCGGGCGGGCGCUGGGAGAAGACGGACCUCACCUACAGGAUCCUCCGGUUCCCAUGGCAGCUGGUGCGGGAGCAGGUGCGGCAGACAGUGGCAGAGGCCCUACAGGUGUGGAGCGAGGUGACACCACUCACCUUCACUGAGGUGCACGAAGGCCACGCCGACAUCAUGAUUGACUUCACCAGGUACUGGCAUGGGGACAAUCUGCCGUUUGAUGGACCUGGGGGCAUCCUGGCCCAUGCCUUCUUCCCCAAGACGCACCGUGAAGGGGAUGUCCACUUCGACUACGACGAGACCUGGACUAUUGGGGACAACCAGGGAACAGACCUCCUGCAGGUGGCAGCCCACGAAUUUGGCCAUGUGCUGGGGCUGCAGCACACGACGGCUGCUAAGGCCCUUAUGUCCCCUUUCUACACCUUCCGCUACCCGCUGAGCCUCAGCCCAGAUGACCGCAGGGGCAUCCAGCACCUAUAUGGCCGGCCUCGGCCAGCCCCCACCUCCAGGCCCCCGGCCCUGGGCCCCCAGGCUGGGGUGGACACCAAUGAGAUUGCUCCACUGGAGCCGGAAGCCCCACCAGAUGCCUGUGAGGUCUCCUUUGACGCAGUCUCCACCAUCCGCGGCGAGCUCUUCUUCUUCAAGGCAGGCUUCGUGUGGCGGCUGCGUGGGGGCCGGCUACAGCCUGGCUACCCUGCGCUGGCCUCUCGCCACUGGCAGGGACUGCCCAGCCCCGUGGACGCAGCCUUCGAGGAUGCCCAGGGCCACAUUUGGUUCUUCCAAGGCGCUCGGUACUGGGUGUAUGACGGCGAGAAGCCAGUCCUGGGUCCUGCACCCCUCUCUGAGCUGGGCCUGCUGGGGUCCCCAGUCCACGCCGCCUUGGUCUGGGGCCCCGAGAAGAACAAGAUCUACUUCUUCUGCGGCGGAGACUAUUGGCGCUUCCACCCCAGCACGCGCCGUGUGGACAGCCCUGUGCCCCGCCGAGUCACCGACUGGCGAGGGGUGCCCUCUGAGAUCGAUGCCACCUUCCAGGAUGCUGACGGCUAUGCCUACUUCCUGCGUGGCCGCCUCUACUGGAAGUUUGACCCAGUGAAGGUGAAGGCCCUGGAGGGCUUCCCCCGCCUUGUGGGCCCCGACUUCUUCGGCUGUACCGAACCUGCCAACACUUUCCGCUAACCAGCGUGGAUGCCCUCAGGGCUCCUGACCCCUGCCAGGCCACUGACAUCAGCUAGAAACCUGUGGCCAUCUUUGUGGCUGUGGGCCCCAGGCAUGGGACGGAGCCCAUGUCUCCUCAGGGGGGUGGGGAGGGGGUGCUGCCACCAUGACAACUGCAGGGAAGGCCACGCGGGUCGUGGUCAUCUGCCAGCGACUGUCUCAGACUGGGAAAGAGGCUUUGGUGUUAAUUAAGGGUGAGGGUGGUUCAGGUCGGCUCUGCCCUACCUCGUGCAGGUCACGGUCAAACCGGCCACCCUCAGUCUCCAUCCCUGUCCCUCAGCAGGGCUGGGGGAGCUGGAGCCCUCACUGGUUGGUGAUCCUGGAGAUCUGCUCCCCAGGAUCCAGGCCAAAAGGUCCACAGUCGGCUGGGGAAGAGGGGUGCUUCCUGCCAGAGACCCCAGGCCCUGGAGGCCCCAACAUACCUCAAUCCUCAUCCCAGCACUGGGACCCUCCAAAGCCAUGUAAAUGUCUGUAGUGUGUACAAAGCCUUUUUUUUUUUUUUUUUAAACUAAGGACUGUCAUUAAACAUGGUCAUUUUCUA